UUUAUCUUGAGAUAGAAUUGAUCGGUUUUGGGCAAUCAACAUUAUGAUAUAGGGCUCCUCUUUACUCGUUAUUUUAUUUUCCAUUGUAGGGAAAAUGAAUCAUAUGAUGUCUCGACCAUUAUUGCUGUUGCUCAGUCUUAUCUCCAUUGUCCAUUGCCGAAACUGCAAAUGGCUUCACCCCAAACAGGAAUAUCUCAACAUCCAAAUUCUCCAAACCUUCAGCCAAUUGACUCCUCCUAAAGAAUUUGACAUAGUCUGCCAUGAUUAUCCCACCGCACAACCUAAUUUAGAGAGACUCUACAAUAUCACACAGGUAGAAGCCGCGGCUCUCGCUGUUAGAGAAGUUCUCAAUGAAACCAUCAGGUUCUACAGGAAACACCAUGAGAGUAUGGGGUGCAAGCAACAAGCCUGGGAAAGGUUUCAGCAGCUUCUCUACUAUCAGAUUCACCAACUGGAGGGCUGUGUCCCAGAGACAGGAGAAAACGAUCUACUGAAAAAUAAAAUAUCAGAACAAUUUCAACAGUGGGAAAAAAAUGUAGCGGAACAGGACAAAGCAUCGUGUGCCUGGGAUUUUAUCCAAGAUGAAAUCAGAAGGAAUUUACAUCUCGCUCUACAGCUCUCCUCCCGCCUGAGAAGGCAACACUUGCUCUAG